AUGGGCGGCAGAGCGAGCCUCCUUGCAACUCUCACUGACAACUCCGUCGUCGCUUCAUACGGGCAAUCUCCCCAUGCUCGCAGAUCCACACCUUGGCGCGCAUCAAGCGGUGAUAAUGUGAUUGGAUGGAUGGACCGCUGCAAACGCAAUCGUCAUGGACGUCUGACCUCGUCAGCUUUUGCUGUUCAAGAUGCCAAGUCAUCCAUCUACCCUCACCUUAACGCCGAGGUCCUCCAUAUCCGCAUCAUCAAGCAGCGGGCAAGGCCACGACCACGGGAACCAAGCAAACUGGAGCAUGCUCUUCAGGCGGCCAGCUUCAAUGUCUCGCGGGCCCUCGCCAACGCCCACUCCUGCGGUCAAGACUGCCAGCGGCGCCUCAACAGGACCGUCGUGGCAGACAGAUCCGUGGUCCGCCUCGACUACCCCUUGUGCGAAACAGCCAUCAACUUCGCCUCGUCUCUGCGGCCGGGGGGGAUCCUCAAGCUCCAGCCCCUCGACUCCCAGAACCUCACGAUAAACGGCGGCGCGACCGAAUUCCGCUUCCAGUACACGUCCCUUGACUACGACGGCUCCGUCGUCACCGCCGUGCCGUCCAACGGCCCUGCGCUGUACGACCACUCCCCGUGGCAGCCCGUCCUGAAAAGGGCUACGCCGUCGUCGCCACCGACCAGGCCGGCCUGGGAAACAACUACACGAGCCACAAGUAUAUCACGCGCCGUGCCGUCGUACAGAGAGUCCACGUCGUCGCCAGUCCUGCGGGACAGGACGCAGCUGGCUGUCGAGGCGCAGCUGUGUCUGGAAUCAGUGAUUGGCAUCAGUCUAGACCCUGAAGCCAGCCAGCUCGUCUCGGUGGGAGGCGCCGAGAGGGAUAUUCCCACGCUGCUGGAGUGGGAGAAGAUGGUGGCUUCGACACAGGAGAUUCGAGCGUGGAAUACUUCCCGUCGUGACGGUAUCGAGCUGUACCUGAGGUUGUAUCCUACCCAUGGACAUCGGCCGAGCUUCACGGCUGGGGCAGCCGAGUGGAUGGCCUGGAUGGAUCAUCAGUUUGACAAGGGGAACGAAGAGCCCAAGAACAAGUGUACCAAGAUUGCCAGGAUGCCGGUCAACUUGGACUGUGUCACGGCUCCGAUUGAUGUAGGCUUGAAGCCGUUUCUCGACUAG